AUGCAAUAUUUUGGCGGUACAACCGCGUACUCCGGUGGCGGCGCAUGGGUACCGGCCAACAAGCACCAAAAAUCAAUAGGAGUCGAAGAUUCGAGAUCUCUAGCCGACGUCUAUCUUCGCAAUGUCUUGGGCGAGCGAUACGACCCGAACAAGAUCUCGGUCUUCCUCCAGUCAGCGCCCGAGAUGGUCAACUGGAUGGAAGCCAAUUCUGAAGUUCGCUUCAAGCCUGUCCCUCUCCCUGACUAUUAUGUCUCGAAGAAGGGUGCCUCGGCUGGAUGCACUAUCCUAACUGAAGAGUUUGAUGGGCGCCGACUCGGAUCCUUGAUCAAGAACGUCCGUUACCCGAUCCAGGGCUAUUCGGCCUUCGGUUCAAUCCUUCGAAACCUGGCUUUCGGUACGAAGAAGAUAUGUCGGUAUGCUAUGGACCUGGCUCGCUGUGGCAAGGGGACGCAAAUGGCGAAUGGAAAUGCGCUGGUUGGGCGCCUCCUGUUUUCCGCGCAACAGCAAGGUGUGCAACUAUGGAACAAUGCCGCCGCCACCAGGCCGGUGAUAGAACAAAGUCGAAUCGUGGGGCUGGAGGUUCUCCAAGGAGGCAAGCAAAGCACGAUCUACGCACGUAAAGGGUUCGUACUUGUCAGUGGCGGGUUUGGACGAUCAGAUGAAGCCAAACAAUUUGUCCCACACAAAUGGUGCGCGCAGCCUCGAGGGAACGAGGGCGACGGGAAGAGAAUUGGCGUCGAAAGCGGAGGUGCUCUACCACCGAAGAAUCCUAUGAAUGCCAUAUUCGCGCCUAUCUCACUGUUGCGCACCACAGAUGGCCCUGUUCGUCGCUAUCCUCACUUCUCCAUUGACCGGACAAAGCCUGGUUCGAUCAUCGUAGGGCCGGACGGAAAACGAUUCACGAACGAGGCGCAGCCCUACCAGGAAUUUGUGACGGUCAUGCAUGAAAAGGGUAUCUCAAAGGCCUACUAUAUUGGCGACCGAAAUCAUCUACGUAAGUACGGUAUGGGGAUGGCUUUACCGUGGCCUUACCCUAUUGGGAGACUGCUUCGGCAAGGUUAUUUGAUCGCAGCGCCGACUAUUUCCGCGCUGGCCGACAAGAUUGGCGUUCCCAAACAGACUCUAGAGCAAACAGUGGCUGAAUGCAAUUCGUUUGCGGAGAGCGGGCGUGACUUGCAGUACGGUCGCGGUGAAAAUGCUUAUGAUCGCUUUUACGGGGACCACGGCGUCCAACCCAAUCCAAAUUUGGGGCCAUGCAAAAGCAGCCCUUUUUAUGCACUUCCGCUCUAUCCUGGAAAUGUUAGUACUCUUUACGGCCUGAUCACAGAUACGGACGCCCGGGUACUCGAUCAGGACGGCAAGGUAGUUGAAGGUCUUUACGCGGUGGGCUGCGACCAAAAUUCCGUAUUCAAAGGAGCGUACCCCGGAGGUGGCUCGAGUAUUGGACCUGGAAUGACGUUUGGAUACAGAGCUGGAAGGAAGCUUGCUGGAUUGGACACCUGA